AUGAAAUAUAUCAGUCUCGGAGUUCUAGCCUUUGCUACUUCCCAGGCUAUCCCAGUCGCCGUUUAUACGGAGGAUAGCGAUAGUCCUAUUAGCAUUACCCGAACAAUCCUGGAGGCCAAUUCGACCAAUAGCUAUCUCUCUGGUUAUGUUCCUGUCAUCCGUCCCCCCCACAGCGGCAGUAAUGUUACCACCGCAGUGAAGCGUUACGAGCCGCUCGAUACUACUGUCAUUAAAUGCGCCUUGCUCUGUAUUGAGACCUACAUUCAAAAACACACUGAUUGCAAGGUUGACGAAUACGAAUGCAUCUGCAAGCGGAAGGAGGUUAAAGACACUGAUACCGUGAAAUGUGUCAUCGAUGCCUGCGGCUUCACCAGGGCCAAAAACAAGGUCUAUCCAGUAGUAAAAACAUUCUGCAAGGGCGUUUAG